UUUGCUGAGGUAGCGGCGAGCGAGAAGAUGGCUAUCGUCCCAGUGGCCUUUCCUGGGGAAAAGGUGAUGUUGGAGCAUAGGUCGGCCAUAGUGAGCGUCCUGCUCGUAGCUUUGGACGAGGCGGCCGAUCCUAUGCCCGACAUCACACUAGGUGCUGUCACGGGGGGUGCGCUUCACAUCACCUGCGGAGGAAGCGACGCAGUGGGAUGGCUCCGCUCGGUGAUCGGAAGAGGAGAGAUCGGCGGGCGGCGCCUGAAAGUCGUGGCUGCUAAAGAUCUGCCGAAGCCGGUCAAGAUGGCCUGGCGUACGGCGAUCGAUGGCAGCCAGGACGUGUCGCUGGCUCUGCGGGUGAUGCAGAGGCGCAACCCUAAACUCCGCACCGACGAGUGGAAGGUGGUCGACACCGUGAUGUCGGAGCUGAACACCAGGCGCAUCGUUCUGAUGGACCAGGUGUCAGCUGACGUCAUCAGGGAGGCCGGCUACGUUCUUCACUCGGGGCUCGACACCAGCCACUUCAAGCUCCUGGAGACGGGGAAGGAGCGUGAGCAUGAAGAGGCUGGGGUGGAGCCCGGCGCGGACGGGGGGGAGGGGGACUCGGUGGCCGAUGAGGCUGCGGGCGCCGCGGGGGCGGCGACGGGGGAGGCCCCGGAGCGGGACGCGCCGCCUGGCGCUCCUGCGGAGGUGGCUCGGGACCGGUCAGAGGCGGGGGAAGUGGUGCUAGUCGGGGAGAGUUUCGCCGGGCUGCGCUGGACCCGAGAGUCGUCACCGAUCCUAUCGGUGGCGGGCUCGGAGGACCUGCGCGGUCUGGAGGAACUCUACCUGGAGGGCACCACUUCGCCCAUGUCCUGCGACAACACGGUCCAGGAGGCGGCCGCUGAUCUCAGCACCGCCAAACACUAACCGCCGUAAUGGAGGGGCUAAGGGAUCUGACCACGGUCAAGAUCCUGAAUAAAGGGGGGGGUAAGGCACUAGUCAUCUCAUCAGCCUACCUUCCCUACGAGGCGGCGGAUCCCAUCACCACACAACUGCGGGAUCUUGCUGACUACGGCAGCCGGGCGAACACUGACCUGAUCAUCGGCUGCGAUGCGAACGCACACCACGUCAUCUGGGGAAGCUCGGAUGUCAACAGAAGAGGAGAGAAGGUACUGGAAUUCCUGGUAAGCUCUUCACUACAACUCUUAAAUAAAGGCAAUGAGCCGACAUUCGUCAAUGCUAGGCGAGGUGAGGUCAUUGAUAUAACGCUAGCGUCCAACAACGCAAGUAAUAAAGUUAGUUCAUGGCAUGUCUCUGGGGAGAUUUCUUUAUCGGACCAUAGAUAUAUAUGCUUUAGGUAUACCACUAAAAUCAAAGUAGAAGUUAUACUAAAACGGAAUCCCAGGAAUACCAACUGGUUAUCGUUCAAGGAUGACCUUAAGGCGGACCUGGGAAACCCCAAUGGUAAGCUAAACUCUAUUAUUGACAUAGAACUUGAAGCUGACAAAAUAGGGCAAGCCGUCCAUACGGCUUGGACAAAUAACUGCCCGGAAAAGAAAAUCCUGGCGAAGAAGGUACCCUGGUGGAAUCCGGAGAUAGCAAAACUCAGGAAAGAAACUAGGGCUGUCUUCAACGAUGCCAAAAGAAGUAAUGAUUUUGAGCUCUACGCGCGAAAACUCACAGAAUAUAGCAAGGCAGUGAGGAAAGCGAAAAGGAAAGCGUGGAAAAACCACUGCGAUCAAAUCGGUUCCAUUCCGGAAGGCAUGAGACUCACGAAGGCACUAGCCACAACGAAGUCAGUCCCACUCACCUCUAUUAGAAGGAGUGAUGGUGGAAUGACUGAAACGGGGCUAGAGACCCUCAAGGUGAUGUGUGCCACACAUUUUCCAGGCUCGAUAAUAAAUCAGAGUGUACCAGACGAUGAACCAAUUAGUGUUACGGAACAGUGCACUCGCACGACCAGGCAUAAUUGGGACACGUCGAAAAAGGUAGUAGACCACAACAAAAUACAAUGGGCAUUAUCGACAUUUCAGCCAUAUAAAGCCCCGGGGCCAGAUGGAAUCUACCCCAUACUACUACGAGAAGGCGCUAACGUACUUAUACCCCACUUGAGUAGACUGUACAAAGC